AUGGAAGCUUUCAUGCGCUUAGUAGACUACGUUGUCGAAUACGAGUCUGAAUUCAGUGCUGCAUCAAAGGACAUCUCGAAGAACGCUCUUGUGAUGCAACAAGACGAGCUGAGAGAGAUGUGGUGCAAAGCGAAAGCUGCCCAUGACGACCUCAACAGCAAAGGGGGCAUGUCCUCAAAGGACUAUGCCCUUAUUAAAAAAAAAUUCAAGAUAGGUGGGCAAUGCUACAUACGUUGCAUGGGGGCAAUGAAGGAUAUGUCUGAGAUCCUCUCAACCCCCAAAGACACCGAAAAAUCUGUUGAGGUAGACAGUAACCACUCCCUUCCGCCUUGCGAUACGGAUGUUUUCAAAGGGGACUACCUUUCAUGGCCAACAUUCCGCGAUAUGUUCACGGCCGUAUACAUCAAAAGCAAGCGCCUGUCACCUGUUGAGAAAUUAUACCAUCUCAACAAAAAGACACAAGGGGAGGCGAAGGUUAUUGUAUCAAAAUGCCCGCUAACAAAUGAUGGCUUCGCAAUGGCGUGGAAGGGAUUGACUGAUAUGUACGAGAAUGAGCGAAUUCUCGUCGAAACCCAAGUCGACAUACUGCUCGACUUGCCCUCAAUCGAUAAAGAGUGUUCGAGCUCAAUAAAAUGGCUACAGCGGGAGAUCAACAGCUGCAUCUCCUGCCUGACAGCCAAUAAAGUGGACAUUGGGAACUGGGACCCAAUCAUAAUCCGCAUUUGUUCUAAGAGACUGCCACAGGCAACAUUGGCCCUAUGGGAACAGUCUGUAAAGAACAAGACCAAGACAUCGAAGUGGGAGGAAUUGGACAACUUCCUCACGGAUAGAUACCGUGAUUUGGAGGCAAUAGAACGUGCCAAGAAAUCGUCCAAUUCCGUAAAGCCUGUCAGUGCACCCACACAGAAUAAAUACCACAACAAUAGCCAUCAGAACAGAUUCGGCGCCUUCCAAGUAAGCGUUGAGAAAUCAACAUGUCUGAUGUGCAAAAGCGCAGAUCACAAAUUAAGAUCUUGCCCCAUGUUUCUUAACAUGGCACCAGCGGACAGGAUCAAGUUCGCUAAGCGCAACAAUCGCUGCAUCAAUUGCCUCAGCUUUGGGCAUUUAGUGUCGCAAUGCACCAGUGCAUUCAACUGCAGCACGUGCCACGCGAGGCAUCACACACUCCUACAUGUGGGGACAGUGCAGCCUAGCAGCCAAAGAGGCUCAUCUAUAUCAUCGGACGAGAUUCCGUCUACGUCCAGGCAAGCUCAACAGAGACGCAACUUUGACAAAUCGGAAGGCAAGCCAACUGUCGUACAGUCGUGCUUCGCUAACAGCGAUAAAGGCGUCUUACUAGGAACUGCACAAAUCAACAUAAAUUACCGCGGCGUUACUUAUGCCGCAAGAGCACUCAUCGACUCCGGGUCAGAGUGCUCUUUCAUCACAGAAAAGCUGAAGAGCAGAAUCAACUUGCCAGUUCGGAAGAUAAAUGCCCAGGUGUCAGGCAUCAACAACACCGUAUCUGCGCAAGUAAAGGAAUCAUGUCGUGUCGAGUUGCGGUCACCAAUUGACCCACUUAUAUCGAUAACCACGAACAUGAUGGUUCUGCCGAAAUUAACGGGAAACUUGCCGACUUGCCAUAUUAGCGCACUAACUCGGCAGGCUUUCCCAGAUCUCACAUUGGCGGACGAAAGGUUCUUCGUCAAUGAACCCGUGGACGUCAUACUCGGUGGGGACGUUUAUCCCCACAUUAUGCUUGAUGGCAUACGCAAGAACGUACUGGGAUCACUUCUUGCGCAAGAGACAGUGUUCGGCUGGAUAGUCACAGGGCGUGCUAAUGCAGCUACACCAACCAACACUUGCGUCUCAUAUCACAACAAAAUAUCGCGGAAAAAGCAGUUAACUGCGUGCGGGGAUUUGGAACAGAUGACCAAAUCUGUAAGGAAAAGAAGAUAUUUAAAUAAAUAUGCAAAAAAGAAACCCCUAGACUCUAGUCGAAGUUGCCAUUUUUACGCGAAUUUAUGUUGUUCUAUUUAA